AUGCCUCGCGGAGAGGGCGGGACCGCGGCGCCCAUUGGCUGGCCCCUGGAGCAGCUGCUUGGCGAUUGGCCCGCGGCCACGUCUGCCCGCCCCCUAGCGAGAGCGGGCGGCGGCGGCCCAAGUCCGCCGGCCAUGGCGGGUGGGCGCGGGCGGUGGCGGGUGGUGCUGUGCGGGGUGGGCUUGGGGUUGUGCGCUGUGGUGCUGGCGCUGGUGGCCGCCGUGCUGCUCCGCGCCUACGUGCUGCGCUCCCCGGCCAUCCCGCGGCUGUGGGCGCGGCGCGGGGGCACCGCCGCUUUCAGUGCCGACGAGAGGCUGGAGCUCAAGGAGGCGCUGCGAGGUGCUGUUAAAAUCCCAACAGUUUCCGUGUCUCCAGAGGACUUAAAUGCCACCGCCAUGGCAGAAUUUGGGGAUUACAUUCAGAAAGCCUUCCCAGCUGUAUUUUCUUCCAAGUUCAUUCAGCAUGAAAUCGUUGGCGGGUACAGCCACCUCUUUACAGUCCGAGGUUCUGACUCUGAGAUGAUGCCCUAUAUGCUGCUCGCGCACAUGGAUGUUGUGCCCGCUCCCCCAGAGGGCUGGGAUUUCCCUCCUUUCUCAGCUGCAGAGCAUGAAGGUUUCAUCUAUGGGCGAGGAACUCUGGACAACAAAAACUCUGCCAUAGGCAUUCUGCAGGCUCUAGAAUUCUUACUGAGAAGAAAUUACAGACCCCGCAGGUCUUUCUAUGUUGGCAUUGGACAUGAUGAAGAGGUGUCUGGUCGGAAGGGAGCAGUGAAGAUUGCAGCUCUGCUGGAAGCCAGAGGAGUGAAACUCUCCUUCUUGCUGGAUGAGGGAAGUGCUAUACUGGACGGCAUCAUUGCAGGCAUGAAGAAGCCAGUAGCUCUAAUUGCUGUCACAGAAAAGGGUUCAAUAACACUGAACUUCACUGUGGAAAAAGAGCCAGGACAUUCAUCCUUUCCUCCAAAAGAGACAAGUAUUGGCAUUCUUGCAACAGCUAUGUCCAGACUGGAGCAGAAUCCCAUGCGCAAUCUGUUUGGCCAUGGGCCGGAACUCAUGACUAUGGAGCACCUUGCACCAGAGUUCAAUUUUCCUCUCAAUCUCAUCAUGAGCAAUCUCUGGCUGUUUUCGCCUAUUGUCAGCAGAGUUCUUGCCUGGAAACCUUCCACUAAUGCCUUGAUUCGAACUACGACAGCAGUCACAAUGUUUAACGCAGGAAUCAAGGUCAACGUCAUCCCAUCUUCUGCAAAAGCGACUGUCAACUUCCGGAUCCACUCUGCAGAGAAGGCUGCUGAGGUGCUAGAGACAGUUAGAAACACAGUUGCUGAUGACAGAGUGAAGAUUGAUGUCGUGGAGGCCUUUGACCCCCUUCCCAUCAGCCCUUGGGAUGACCAGUCCUUUGCAGUCCAUGUUUUCCAAAGAACCAUUCUGGAUACUUUCCCAGAUGUUGACAGUGUAGUCCCAGGCACGUGCAUUGGAAACACAGACAGCAGGCAUUUCACUAACGUCACAAAUGCCAUUUAUCGAUUUAACCCAGUGCUCCUGAAGUCAGAUGAUCUUCCCAGGAUCCAUGGGUUGAAUGAGAGAAUCUCGGUUGAGAGUUAUGAGAAGCAGGUCGAGUUUCUCUUUCAGCUGAUUAAGAACUGUGAUGUUGACGAGCUUCCGGAGCCUCACGCAAACUCUCAUGAGCUGUGAGACAAAAAGCCAAGAGGACCAGCUACUAAGGUGGACUCUGGGAUGGCAGAGGUCUGGGCCAUAAGCAGCAGUUGGGUGUUGCAUGUUGAGCAAUGUCUGGAGUUUGGUUUUACAUCCUGUGGUUUACAUACAGAUGGAAACACUGCUGCUCUAGGCAAACGUACAGUUUGCUGCUGAGUGAUAAGAACGGGGAUAGAACACAAGAACCUGGAUUUCUGUGCUUCCCUGCAGCCAUUAAUCUGAUGAUGUUAAUUUUUUCAGCAUUUUCUUCCAUCUUUAAGCCUCUGAAAUCGGAGGUCACUUAAAAAUCGAAGCUGUAAUUUGUAGUCAUUCACGCAUCGUUAAAAGAGGCUAAUCUUCCAAUGUGUGCUUUUGACAAAGUUGUCUCUUACCGUUAAUUAGACUUCACAAAUGAUUUGUCUGUCAGAAGCUGAUGUGAGAAGUACAUGAUGGGCUGUAGGAUGGAUGUCAUUGGGUAAAGCUGCACUGAGAGCCUGCUGCACUGCGGAUGGGGUGGGCUUCUUUCCCAGGUGCUCCUUUCAGCCAGCAGCAGUGGUACUCUCAGGUAGUGCCAGGGUGAACCUGAUACUGCUGUUUUCUGACUGAUUUCUGAUUGUAGCUUAAAAUGCUGAGCUUUGGGGUUUUAGCUAUGUUGCUUUAACAUAUGUUGCUCUGAUCUCAGAGGUGCUAGAAGCUUUUCUCCCUCUCUUUUCUGUGACUCUGUCUCUUUCUCUCUGGUAAGGCCCAAGAUGUGUCAUGACGCUGAGUGUCAGAGUAAGGAAACGUGGCUUUAAGCAGGUAAACUAAACCAGUACUGUCUGAUCAUCCCAUUUCUUUUCUCACUGAAUCCAUUUCUAUAGUGUUCCUCUUUUGUUCCCCAGAGAACUUCUUUGUGAAGGAUGGUGAAGCUCUCCUGUUUCCUCCAGUUCAGCAGAGCCUUCUCCCCACCUUCAUGGGUUGCUCUACCACUUCUCACUUCACCUGCUGCUUCUGUUGACUCAGCUCUCUGGGAAUCCUAAUGUGCACAGGCCGUUGAUGUUGGCUGUUCUUCUUUCAUCUUGCACUCCUUGACUCACUAGCAUGCCUAUCUUUGUUGGCACUAAAGGGUUAAGCAUUCUUUUGCCCUUGACAGCCUCUUUCACUGGAGUUAUUGUUAUUUGUUAAAGAAUUCAGAACUAGGUGUUAGCCAAAGGAAAGACUGUGUGAAGGCUGCUUUGUUGCACUGGCAUGCAGACUCUGCUAUAGGAAGGAGGCAAACCUCCUGCUGCACUGCUGCAGAGAUGCGUGUCUCUCUUUCAGAGUGUGAGUGAUGCACUGGAAUGGGAUGGUUGUUCUGCUCUCAAUUCCUAUUGUAAACUGUGCUGGGAUCUGCAGGAAAAACCCAGAAAUGGAUCCUGAAAAACAGUGGUGGAACUGGGAUUCCUAACGCUUCCACUCACCAUUUUCUGUUUCUUUGCAGUCUGAUCUUAUCAGUAUUGCCAAUGGGCUAAACUGUGUCAAGCUAUGAAAUAAUUGAAACCAAAUCAACAUUUUUUUUUUCUAAUAAAGCAAGGAAUGCAGAUUCUUCUCAUGAUUAUGAUUUAGUUUUAUAAUGUACCUUUAUAAUUGCAGUGAAAUCAUUUCCACCCCUGAUACUACAGUGGAGCAGGCCACAAAGUUUCCAUCAAAACAAUUCCACAUAUUUUCCAGCCUGCUUUAGUCUUUGUACCCUCCUUGGUGUUCUUUUUAUACAAAAAUUAGCUAACUCUGUUUAUGUGUGACUGGGCAGUAACAUAAAAGGUUAGAUGGGGUCCCGAGGUCCCUUCCAAUCUUAACCGUGCUCUGAUUCUGUUGUAAGGAGCAUGUUGCAAAAAUCUUAACUUAGUCCGUGCUGUUGUGCACUGGAGAUAGUGUUGUUGUGUUGAAGGAGGGAUUUGUUGCCUGUUCUCAUAGCAGAUGAGCCCUAAAGACAAAAAGCAUCCCUCAAACUUUUCUAAUUUCCUGGCCCCAAUCAAAAACCAUCAUAGAAUCACAGAAUGGCCUGGGUUGAAAAGGACCUCAAAGAUCAUCGAGUUUCAACCCCCCUGCUGAGUGCAGGGUCACCAAACCCUAAACCAGGCUGCCCAGAGCGUGGGCACUCAUCCCUUGUGUUUUGGUGAGGACUGUUCCUUUAAAAGCAAUUCAUUUGAAGAUUCAUUUUGCUGCUGAAGGAAAAGCGAAGAGCAAAACAGUUCUGGGAAAGCACGGUUGUUUUUGGCAGGUAAUGUGCAAAUGUGUGCCAUGAGGUUUCGCUAAUGCAAUUCGUUGCAGAACCUCGUUAAGUGCUGCUCAUCAGCCAGUGCUAAUAUCAUGCAGUGCCUCUGCAGUGAGCAAAUGUUCAGCAAAGCUUCAUUGCAACCUGAAGCCACUGAACCAAAGGCCUUAUCCAUCAGGAUGCAAUGGUGGAAAGCACAUUUCCCACUUUUUCCAGUCAUUUCUGCUUUUUUUUUCUGUGCAGCAGCUUUGCCUUUGCUAUUCUCAGCUGAUUAGCAGCCAUGCCAUGCUUCUCUGGCCCAGUUCUGAAGGACUGCUCAGUGCUUGCUAUCUGCACACCUCCUCUGACAGAACAGUUUUUAAUUCCCAGCCCAUUUUUCUGUUCGUAUGAUAUGCUCUCCAGGAAUGUCUCUCAUCUUCUGUACUAUUUGGAAUCUUACUGUCAUCAUGUAAUAAUAAUGUAAGGAUGAUGCCUUGGCCUUUUCUGCUAAGAUCAUAUGGAACUUUGUAUAGCAUAAGUAAUUACUCGAUAAUAUCAAGUACAUCAUCACAAAUACAGA